CUGCUUGUUUCUCUCCACCACUGCAGGAUGGCUGCAAUCGUUGCUCGCUUGCGGCACAAGCCCUGGGACGACUUCACCGAUCUCGAAAAGCACAUCUGGAGCGAGAUCCAAGCGAAUCAUCCUGCGCAGAACGCGCCGGACAAAAACUUGGACAUAGUGGCAUGGAACAACUACUACGAGCUGGUAAUCACCCUGAAAUAUCACCCCUACCGGGAAGGACGACCCAUGCCCCAAGUGCCAUGCAACGAUAUCUUGAUAAAGGCCACGAGCGUCCGCACUGUGAGCGAGACUAAUCAGCGACUCAAACAGCACAAUCAAGAGCUCUUCAACGCCGAAUUGCUGCUUCUGGAGUCGUCAAUAGAGAUAUAUAGGCUUGGAUUCGUUGACUCCUGGACCGCGCUGGAACGGACAGCGAAGGAAACAAUUGUGAUGGAAGGCCUGUAUAGAGCGUCAUGCUACGUCGUGCGAACCUGCGCAGAGAGCAGGUCUGGAUGCCCAGAGAUGACGGUUUCGGGGCUUGCUGGUGAUGGGAAGUACAACCUCAUCUCACUUAUGAAUGCAUUCCUCUCCGUUGAUCCAGAGGGAACCGGCAAACUGAAAGAACUCUACUUCUUCGAGCAUCCUUAUGGUGACAAUGAGUAUCGUACCGCUGCUCAUGCGCCGGACGGCCUCAAACUGGGAUGCCAACAACUGAAAGUAUUCCGCAACAUGUACAUUGUGUGGGCGUUAAUUUUCAUAUUCAAGACACAUCUCGGCCAUCCACGAGAAGAGUUCCCCAGAACACGGAAUGCCGUUCAUCGAAGCGCCGAGGAGAAGCAGAGAAUGAAACAGGUCAACGCAAGCCUGAAGAGAGACGGAUAUUACCUGCUCACCAAAGAGGAAGAACGGGAGACUCGGCGCGAGAAUGCCAAGGCAGACGCUCGGUGCACGGCGUGCCACACGAUAUCAACCCAGUCCAGUUUGAAGCGUUGCAGCCGGUGCGGUCAUGUUUGGUAUUGUUCCGUCCAAUGUCAAAAGCGGGAUUGGAAAACACACAAACGAUCCUGUGGCCUCGAACAUUUUGAUCUAGCAGCGGUAUCACCCGUUGCUCCUGCACCAAUCGAAUUCAUUGGCUGUCCUCCUGCUGCACCAGGAUUCGUCCGCUCCCUGACGCUUCGCCGUCAAAUCGCACAAUUAGCCAAUGAUUGCUAUUUUGGGGCUGCUUAUCUGUGCGACGUGCAAGCUGAUGGCGCCACUUUCAUUUCGCGGCCAAUUUUUCUUGCCCAUAGCACAAUCGACGCAAAAGUACAGUUCUUCGUGGCACGCAGACGCGCCAUGGCCACCGGAUCACCCGCCGCUGUUGCCAAGAUGAUGACUGUGUUGCACCAGGCGCAGAGAGACGAAGGCCUUGACGUCCCGUUCGACACCGUGAUAGCGCAGUUCGUUCGGGAGUAUGAGAUCGCGCCGUGGGCGGGAUGGGAGCAAGUUGCGGAGGCAGCGCGGGACUUCCCUCCCCCCACGCAGGAGGAGAAAAUCGAAGAGCAGAAGUACCGAAUUGAGCGAAUGCUACGGGUUUUGAAUCUCACAUAA